UCUUUCUCUCCCUGCUUCAGUUCAUUUGAAAAUCUGUAACAGAAUUUUCCGGUUUCCGGCAAUGGACGACGAAGAAGUGGAGCUCAGCCACGAACAGAAGAAGGAGAUCGCGAAAUGGUUUCUUCUAAACGCUCCUUCCGGUGAAAUCCAAUUCGUCGCCAAAGAUGUGAUGAAACUUUUGAACAACGAUGAGUUGUACCGCGAGGCAGCAUCUGAAGCGUUUCCUCAGUACAAUAAAUCGCACAUGAUUUGCCUCGAAAUGCCUGGCCGAGCUGGAGAUGUGGUUAUUACAGCAUUCAAUGAGCUUGAAGAAAAUGAGUUCCUCGAUCCAAGAACUGCACAAGUUGCUAUAGUGGAUAAUAUUAAACAGGUGUGUACUGCAGUGAGACCUGCACUGGAUGAGGAACUACCAUCUUCAUACGUUGAGGAAUAUCGAUGUACUAUAGAUGCAGAAAUUGCUCGAUAUGUUGGUGAUACGUAUCCAAAAGGGGUUUGUUCAGUUUACUGUGUAAAUGGAAAAGAUGCGGAGGAAGCUGAAUCUGAUUUUGAGCUUGCUGUGGUUAUUUCCGCUUCUAGACUUAGCCCUAAGAAUUUCUGUAAUGGAAGUUGGCGUUCCACAUGGAACAUUGAGUUCAAAAGUGAUUUUCAAACGCUUGAAGUAAGAGGGGAAAUUCAGGUUUGUGCCCAUUACUUUGAGGAGGGAAAUGUUCAAUUAGACACAAAGCAUGAAUGCAAUGAUUCAACUAUCAUGCAGGCUCCUGAAGAUUGUUCAGUUGCGAUAGCCAAUAUUAUUCGCCAUCACGAGGCAGAAUACUUUUCUGCUCUCGAGGUAUCCUAUUCAAACUUACCGGACACCACAUUCAAGGAUCUUCGGAGGAAGCUUCCCGUUAGUCGGACGCUAUUUCCGUGGCAUAAUACCUCACAAUUCAGCUUAACAAGAGACGUUGUUAAAGAGCUUGGAAUUGGAAAGUAAAUGCACAAACAUCAAAAACAGUAGCCUUUGCUCACUUUACAGUGUAUUCAUUCUUGUGAAGUUGUAUAGCUGCAAAUGCAACGGGAUGCUACCGAUUGUAAGUAUACUUUAACUUGUAAAGUGAGGAUUUAUUUGUUUUUAUUGCAUUUGAAUCUGAAAUAGAUUAUAGGUCGUGUGCUUCUUCUAUUUGUUCUUCUGUUAAAGCUUCAAUAACAAUCCAUCCAUGUCUUUUUCAUUUAAUACUCUCUUCCUCAUUCACCA